UCCUCCUUUCUCUCCUCAACGGCGAUGGCGACGCCGACGCCGACGAAAACCCCAUCGGGAAAAUCCAAAAGAUCUCACUCUCAUCUUCACGAAACACGUGACGCUUCCUACGUUUCUUCUUCUCUGUCCCGUUUCGAGGCCUACAACCGCCUCCAAGCUGCUGCGGUGGCCUUUGGUGAGAAGCUUCCUGUCCCGGAGAUCGUGGCGCUAGGUGGCCAAUCUGAUGGGAAAAGCUCUCUCCUUGAAGCUUUGUUGGGGUUUCGUUUCAAUGUGCGUGAGGUCGAGAUGGGCACUCGUCGGCCUCUCAUUUUGCAGAUGGUUCAUGACCCUUCUGCUCUUGAGCCUCGUUGUCGCUUCCAGGAAGAAGAUUCUGAAGAAUAUGGAAGUCCAGUUGUUUCAGCAUCAGAAAUUGCAGAUAUUAUAAAAUCAAGAACCGAGGUACUUUUGAAAAAAACUAAAACUUCAGUUUCUCCUAAGCCAAUCGUAAUGAGAGCUGAAUUUGCACAUUGCCCAAACCUCACCAUCAUUGAUACUCCAGGAUUUGUUCUUAAGGCAAAGAAGGGAGAACCAGAGAACACACCAGAUGAAAUUCUUUCAAUGGUGAAGUCAUUAGCGAGUCCUCCCCAUCGUAUUCUGUUGUUCCUUCAGCAGAGUAGCGUGGAGUGGUGCUCAUCAUUGUGGUUAGAUUCAAUUCGUGAAAUCGAUCCAACCUUUAGAAGAACAAUAGUUGUAGUCUCCAAGUUCGAUAAUAGACUCAAGGAGUUUAGCGACAGAUGGGAAGUGGAUCGUUAUUUGAGUGCAAGUGGAUAUCUUGGAGAAAAUACUCGGCCAUUUUUUGUAGCACUGCCGAAAGAAAGAAACACCGUCUCGAAUGAUGAAUUUCGAAGGCAAAUAUCCCAAGUAGAUUCUGAAGUUUUACGACACCUGAACGAUGGAAUCAAGGGAGGUUAUGAUGAAGAAAAGUUCAAGCCCUAUAUCGGUUUCAGUUCUUUGAGGGAGUAUUUAGAAUCAGAACUUCAAAAGAGAUACAAAGAAGCUGCUCCGGCAACGCUGGCAUUGCUCGAGCAGCGCUGCAGUGAAGUUAACAUAGAGCUUGCAAGAAUGGACUCCAAAAUACAAGCAACUUCUGAUGUUUCUCAUCUUCGAAAAUCAGCCAUGAUGCACGCAGCUUAUAUCUGCAAUCAUGUGGGGGUUUUGAUUGAUGGAGCAGCUGAUCCUUCCCCAGAGCACUGGGGAAAAACAACUGAGGAGGAAAGAUCCGAGAGCGAGUUAACGAGUUGGCCAGGUGUUACUGUUGAUAUAAAACCUGCUAAUGCUGUUCUUCGUCUCUACGGUGGAGCUGCUUUUGAACGAGUUAUGCAUGAAUUCCGCUGCGCUGCAUAUUCCAUUGAGUGUCCCCCAGUAUCAAGAGAGAAGGUUGCAAAUAUCUUACUUGCACAUGCUGGCCGAGGUGGGAGUAGAGGAGUAACAGAGGCUGCUGCAGAAAUAGCUCGUACUGCCGCACGGUCAUGGCUCGCUCCUCUCCUUGAUACCGCUUGCGAUCGCCUCGCCUUCGUUUUAGGCAAUCUUUUCAAUAUUGCUCUAGAGAGGAACCGCUGCCGCGAAUCGGAAUAUGGGAAGAAUACUGGAAACUGGGAUGGGUAUGUCGGGUUCCAUGCCGCUUUAAGGCAUGCAUACAAUCGCUUUAUAAAAGAUUUGGCUAAACAGUGCAAGCAACUAGUUAGGCAUCAUCUUGAUUCAGUCACAAGUCCAUAUUCUCAGGUCUGUUAUGAGAAUGAUUUUCACGGUGUCUUCGGCUCGAGUGCAAGCUCAUACCACAUAUAUAACCGAGCUUCGGCUGCUUCCUUUUGCCUUGAGCUAUCCGAUGGCGGCCAAUUAACGCGUGAUAAGACAAACGAUCAGGAGAACAUACCUCCCGAAAGCAAUGCAAAGCAGACCACGCCAGGAAAAGGCCAAGAAGCUAGAGAAGCUCACCAAGAAAACCAAAUGACAGUGCCUGAGACCCCAUCUCCUGACCAGCCAUGUGAUGUGGUAUACGCCAGAGUCAAGAAGGAGCUCGGGAAUGGCAUCGAGGUCGGACCGAGGAAACGCAUAGCACGAAUGACAGGCAACAGAAAUAAUGAUCAAUUGGAUAAAGUUCACAAUGGUGGUAGUCUUUUAUUUGGUAAUGGUGAUACCAGAACAGGUUCAAGUUACUCUGAAAUCUGCUCAUCAGCAGCGCAGCAUUUUGCUCGGAUACGUGAAGUCCUCGUCGACCGUAGUGUGACAUCGACCCUGAACUCCGGGUUUUUGACCCCAUGUCGGGACAAGCUCGUGUUGGCCGUGGGGUUGGACCUGUUUGCUGUGAGUGAUGAGAAGUUCAUGGACAUGUUCAUAGCUCUGGACGCCAUUGAUGUGCUGCAAAAGGAGCGACAAUCUCUUCAAAAACGCCAGAAGAUUCUUCAGUCUUGUUUAAAUGAAUUCAAAAAUGUUGCUCGAGCACUCUGAUGAUGAAUUCAUCAACACUACCAACUGGAUACAUCCA